ACCCAUCAGUGGCAUGAACUUUUCCCGGGACACACACACACACACACACACACACACACGCAGACGCACACACACACUCAAACACACUUGAGUAGUCCACGCAACACACGGAAGACUGUCGUGUUUUCCUCAUAUUCGGUUCCAACGUGGAAAGAAAACCAAAAUCGCCGCCAUGUCGAAAGGAUGCAUAACCGUCACCAAGUAUUUUCUGUUCCUCUUCAACCUCAUCUUCUUUGUCUUUGGAGCAUUGAUCAUGGGCUUUGGACUGUGGGUUCUCCUCGAUAAUCAGAGUUUCAUUUCUGUUUUACAGGAGUCAUCAGACACAGUGAAAGUGGCGUCCUACAUCCUCAUUGGAGUGGGUUCUUUGACCAUGGCCAUGGGCUUCUUUGGCUGCAUUGGAGCCAUCUAUGAAAUACGUUGUCUCCUCGGUUUGUAUUUCACCUGCCUCCUGCUCAUCCUCAUUGCCCAAGUUACUGCUGGAGUUCUCAUAUACUUCCAGAGGGAUCAGUUGAAAAAUGAGAUGUCCAACAUCAUAAAGAGCAUGAUAAUCCAUUACACCGGCCAGAACAGAACAACCGAGCAAACUUGGGACUACAUUCAGAGAACGAUGGAGUGCUGUGGGUGGACCGGGCCCGGGAACUGGUCUGACAACAUUUUGAUCAGUAACAGCUCUCAGAAUCUCUAUCCUUGUUCCUGUCGCAAUGAGUCCCUGCCUGGCACUGACCUCACGCUGCAGGGCCUGUGUGAGCACUUGUCCAUAGAACUUCCUGUCUACGAAACGGGCUGCGUAACAAGUGUGGAGAAAUGGCUGCUUGAGAACUGUGGAAUUAUUCUUGGAAUCUGCGUUGCAGUAGCAGUUGUGGAGCUUCUUGGGAUGAUCCUCUCCAUGUGUCUGUGCCAGAGUGUGGGCCAGGAGGAUUAUACCAAAGUACCCAAGUACUGAUUAACUCUAACUCUCACACACACACACACACACACAUACACACACAGAUGAACUCCUCCCUUCUCUUACUCUUUUUACUCACACACACACACACUUGUAUUUCUUGCCAUCUUGAGACCUCAGAAAAAGGCCUCCAUCUUUAGGACCACCCUUUCUGGACAUAUAAAUAUUUGUAUUUACAACAUUAAUAAUAUAUGCAUACUAUGCAAAUAUAAAAAAGGAAAGCUUUUAGUUAACUUCUUUUUGGGGGUAAUUGGUUUUUAAUCUUCAUUUUUACUCCAAGUUAUGACAGUAAGUCUCUAUAAAUAUAUUUAUUUUAGUUUUUUUAUUUAAUUUUGGACAAAAGGGGCGCAUUUAAAUUUCAUAACACACACUUGUUAUUACAUAUGUUGACCAGAGGGGCGCACUUAAUUUUAUUUUUUUUUUUUUUUUACACACACUUGUUAUUUCAUAUGUUGACCAGAAUAUGUUUUGAUAGAUUUCACCACCAGGGGUGCAAUUGAGACAUUCUCUUAGAUGCAAUGCUUGUCCGUAUUGGGACCAUGAUUUACAUCUUAACGUGUUCACCAGUCCUCAUAUGGACGGUACUUUUCCUUGAUGUCUCAAGAAGGUCAGAAAUACAAGAACACACACACACACACACGAAGGCAGCUGCCACCUGCCUUGACAGCUGUGCAGACUCCUCAAGUUUGUCACACCUGUCCACCACCCUUCACGUUGUCUUAUUGUAAUUACUACAUUGUCGUUGUUACUACUCUAUAAGCCUUUUAAAGGGGACUAUGGUUUGUUGGCUUCUCUUUUACUGUCCCAUGUUGCAUCGUUAGCCAUUUGUCUUGUCUUCCGCUGACCUCAAUGAAGCGCUUAACAGAGUAGAAGAGGAGAGCGAGCACUUUAGUCAGACGUUCUUAAAGACAAGUGGGAGCCCAGUGGAAUGAAGCCCACUCUCUGAUCCCGGGUGGAGGAGGCGGGGCUGCUGUGGUUGAAGCGUUUUGUCUUCAUGGUACGCCCGCCUCGUCCUCCCCCCGCGGUCGGUCGGCCACGUCGCAAAGUCACAUGACGCUUGAGCGUGUGUGUGUGACGUGUGGGCCUUCUUCAGUGUUCCUUACCAUGGUGUAUUUACACCACUCGUAUACACCAGUGUUUGUCAACCAGUGGUGUAUAUACCAGUGUGUUUGUCAUGCCAUGGUGUAUAUACCAGUGUGUUUGUCAUGCCAUGGUGUAUACACCAGUGUGUUUGUCAUGCCAUGGUGUAUAUACCAGUGUGUUUGUCAUGCCAUGGUGUAUAUACCAGUGUGUUUGUCAUGCCAUGGUGUAUACACCAGUGUGUUUGUCAUGCCAUGGUGUAUAUACCAGUGUGUUUGUCAUGCCAUGGUGUAUAUACCAGUGUGUUUGUCAGGCCAUGGUGUAUAUACCAGUGUGUUUGUCAUGCCAUGGUGUAUAUACCAGUGUGUUUGUCAAGCCAUGGUGUAUAUACCAGUGUGUUUGUCUGGCCAUGAUGUAUAUACCAGUGUGUUUGUCAGGCCGUGAUGUAUAUACCAGUGUGUUUGUCAUGCCAUGGUGUAUAUACCAGUGUGUUUGUCAUGCCAUGGUGUAUAUACCAGUGUGUUUGUCAUCCCAUGAUGUAUAUACCAGUGUGUUUGUCAUGCCAUGGUGUAUAUACCAGUGUGUUUGUCAUGCCAUGGUGUAUAUACCAGUGUGUUUGUCAUGCCAUGGUGUAUAUACCAGUGUGUUUGUCAUGCCAUGGUGUAUAUACCAGUGUGUUUGUCAUGCCAUGGUGUAUAUACCAGUGUGUUUGUCAACGCAUCGUCUGCAUUUGUACAUUUUGCUGAAAAGUCUCACCCAGCACAGCGAGGGAGCUGACAAAGGUCAUUCAAGAUGGCGGUACAGAAAAAAAAUCCUUAUUUGGUACCAAGAUGAACGUGUUUCACUCAAACCAACUGGACAUCUAACAUGGACUCAACAUCAUUUAAUUUCAAGAAGGAAAAACAUCUUCCUGCCUAAUUUAGUAAAUAUUUUACCAUUUAAUUAUGCAGGAAACCGGCCAAAUAAAAACUGCAUUUUUUUUCUAUCCUUAAUUUAAGAGAUGAAGGCUUUUUUAUACUGUUUAAAAUGUUUUUUUUUUUUACUAUCUUAAAGAAAUGUAGUAGAAAAGUAUGUGGAUUUGUAAGCCAUCUUGUUUUAAUGUAUUGUUCUUCUUACAGAAAACUAGUAUUAAACAUGAAUACUCUUG